UGGCUGCCUACUGUUCACCGACGGCAUUUUUAUUUACGUUUCAUGUGCUGUCGUUCUUCAGCUUUCUAAAGAGACACGGGACAAACACGUCUCUCUGAACACACAUUACACUUUAAUAUUGUUGUUCGUCGAGGACGUCAGUGACGUUACACGUAUCUGCGUCAGUGCGCUGUCCUCACACACACGGACUGUUUCGUUUCGCUGAGCUGUCAACAUUGGUGUCAGUUUCGAGUUUGCCUUUGUCCAGCCCUGUGCUAGCAUAAAAGCAUAGAGCUGUCACAUCUCACACCGGAAUAUCCGCUAUGUUCAGCCUCAUCCAGUCUUCUUACUUCAGAGUCAGCCCUGCCUUUAUCAACACAGAACUGGGGAAGACCAAGAUGAGAUAGCGAGAGGGCAGCGCGGAGGGCAAUCACACAGCACGCCAAUCUGACCACACGUACAGCACACCAUGUUUGGCAAUCUGUUUGAAGAGGACGACGAAGAGGGAUCUUCUUCCAUUUCCUCGAAGGGCAGAGUCCUGAAGGGGCCCGAGGAGCCGCCUCCACCCCGAGGAAGGAGCAAUCUGUGCGGCAUCAAGAACCAGGGAGGCACUUGCUACCUCAACUCUCUGCUGCAGACCCUGCUCUUCACCCCGGAGUUCAGAGGGGAACUGUUUAGUCUGGGCCCAGAGGAGCUGGGAUGUCUGGAAGACAAAGACACACCUGGAGCCAAAGAAAGUGUGAGGGUCAUUCCCCUGCAGCUGCAGAGGCUGUUUGCUCGCCUCCUACUGGUGGACCAGCAGAGUGCCUCCACGGCCGAGCUCACAGGCAGCUUCGGCUGGAACACCACUGAGGGAACAAACCAGCAUGAUGUGCAGGAGCUGAACAGGAUUCUGUUCAGUGCUCUGGAGCACUCCCUGGUGGGCACCAGUGGAAGCUCCUUUAUAAACCGCUUGUACCAUGGCACCAUUGUCAACAGCAUCGUGUGCAAGGAGUGUGGCAAUGUGAGCCAAAGACAGGAGGACUUCUUGGACCUGACAGCGUGUGUAUGUGGAGUGUCCAGCCUGGAGGAGGCACUAUGGAACAUGUUUGUGGAAGAAGAGGUCUUUGAGGGCAAUAAUCUGUACCGCUGUGCUCAGUGCAAUAAGCUUGUCACAGCUGCCAAGUCUGCAAAGAUGAGGAAGCUCCCUCCGUUUAUGACCAUGUCUCUGCUGAGGUUCAGUUUUGAUUUUGCCAAAUGUGAGCGAUACAAAGAGACCGGCCGCUACAGCUUCCCCCUCAGCAUCAACCUGCGGCCCUUCUGUGAACUGAGAGAGGGAGAGGACUCUGAUUACUCUUACGAGCUGUUCUCUGUCAUCAUCCACAAGGGCGGUUGCUAUGGCGGCCAUUAUCACGUUUACAUUAAGGAUAUUGACCAACUUGGCCGAUGGGAGCCUCCAGAGGACGACUCUAAACCCAAGACAAAGAAGAAAACUACUGAUGGUAAAGUGUAUGCACCAAAGCCACAGGAGGACGACCCACUGUCCAUCCUCACUGCCAUUAUCGGCCAGGAGCCUUCCAAGACUGUUCUAGUGGACCAACUCGGCCAAAAACUCAUGGAUAAGUUUGGUUUCUCAUGGAAUAAAAAGUUUAAAAAGCAAUAUGGAGCCAUAGGGAAGUUCCUACAGUCCCACAGUGAUGUCUUCAUGCUGGUUUCUAAUGGUUCCCGGGUAGCACUGAAAGUUAACCCCCCCAGCCCCAUGACAGAGCCCACAGGACCAGAGCAGUGCACCGACUCUGGGGUAGGAACCACUGACGUACGGGCUGAAGGGGACCAGGAGGCGGAGGAUCUGCCAGAGGGCAGCCACUGGUUCGACCUGAAUGACUCCACAGUGACCUCCAUCAGAGAGGCCGACAUAGAGAAGCAGUUUCAAGGCAAAGAGAGUGCCUACAUGCUGUUCUACAGGAAAACACAGCUGCUCCGGCCCCCACAAGCACUGAACAAUCCUCAAUAUAAAGUUCCCUCUCAGCUCAUCAAGAUGGCUGAGGAGGAAAACGCCAAACUACAGCAGACCCGUGAGGAGUUUGAAGCCACUAACAACACUAUAGAACUGCACCUUCACUUAGCCCCAUUGUAUAAACUAGAAAAUGGAGCCCUGCAACUGAUCUGCAAGGAACAGGAGGGGACCACCACCCUCAGCUUUGAUCGCAGGAAAACAGUGGGAGACCUACGCUUAACCAUCUAUCAGAUGCAAGACCCCUGGGACGGAGACAUGGCUCUGACAGUGGCUAAAAGUCUUCCAGCUGGGCUUCAUUUGUACAAUACUCUCACAGAUGAUGGUGUGUCACUGUACAGCGCAGGCAUUACAAAUAACACUGAUCUGUUUGUGUGGAAUGGCAAAGAGGUGUGUGGGGCUGCUGUCCUUACUGGAGCUGAGUGGGAGCCUGUGCUGCUCACCGUAGUCCGCCCUUUCCUUGGCCUCGACUCUGAAAUCAACAUGGAGGACACUGGCGAUGAAGACCACCCCCUAUGUGAGGGACAGGCGCCUGGGCUGAGGAGGGAGGCCCGGGGUUUUGCCGGUGCUGCUACCCUGGGAGAGGUCAAGGCAGCCCUGGGCGAGCCUAAGGACAGUGUGCUGUGCCAGGAGGCUCGGGGAAGGGUGGAGCGCGGCACAGGGGAGGGUGGAGGGGCCAGUGGCUGGAGGGUGUUCCCCCCAGACGACAUGCAGCGUACCUUGAAGGAGCUGUCUCUGAAGGAUGGGGACGCUCUGCUAGUGCUGGAGCCACAGUCGUUUGACAGCAGUGUUUUCACUCUAAACGGAAAUGUGGUAACUGUGACAACACCAUCUGACUGCCGCUGGCUUGAGGUGGAGCAUCAGCCCAACAUACGGCAUGGUGAGAAAGAGGAGGAGCCAAACAAAGUCAAAGUGCUUGCUACCGGAAACACUCUGCUCAUGGAGGUCAAGCAGAGGGCGCUGGAGAAAAUACAAGAGCUAGAGCAGAGGCUACUGGAAGGUGCAGAGUACUGCCUCAGACAGGUGGACUGUACGGGGAAACUCCUGCCUCCAGUGUGUGAGGAGCUGAGUGUGCGUGAAGCGGGCGUCCGACUCAUGACCACACUGAUGCUGUGCUGCGGACGGGCCCCCAAGGCCUCACAGCUUUUCUUGAACUUUUCUGUGGGUGUGGCGCCCUCUGCUGGUUUGGAAAUGGAUAUAAUUGUGGAAAAGACUUUCACUGUCAAAGAGUGUCUGAAGCAAAUGCUGGAUGCUGUUGGUCUGGAUGGCACUGGCUGGCACCUGAGACGCCUUGACUGGUGUGAGGAGGUUGGAGAACCACUGAUGGACGAAGAUGCACCACUGCCUGAUCUGAAGAUAAACAACGGAGAGACUCUGAUCAUUACAGAAGGACAACUGCCUCCAAAGGGUUUCCUGAAGCUGUGUGUGUGGUUGUUUGAGGGUGAGAGCAGGCCUUGCACUCACAAUGGCUUUACAGAGGAGACAGUGAAUGGAGGAAACCAUGUCCCUCUGUGUGGCUGUGCAUCCCCAGAGCUCAGGGACGUGGGACAAGUAGAGAUAUCAGACGAGGCCUCACUAGAUGACCUCAAAACACAGGUGCUGACUCUGCCUGCCUUGUCAGAUCUGUGCGUGCCCACCUGUGCCUUCCUCAGACUAUGGCAGCUAGAGGGGAGGAGGCUGGGGCGGGUACUCAGGGGACCACAGCUCACACUCAGGAAGCUGAAGCUAAACAGUGGGACCAGUAUCUGCAUUCAACAGCUUUUUAAAGAGGAAGACCUCGGGCCUAAAGAGGUGGUCCUGAGUGUGAAGAUGGGCGUUCCCGGUGAGGGGCGGUACUAUCCCACAGAGGAGCUGCUCUGGGAUGCUUCUAAAGACCCCUCCCCCCGCUCCCUGCGCUCCUGCCUGGCCUCGCACUACGGCCUGUCUCCAGACUCUCUGCUCCUCGCCAAGUUUCAGCCCGAUAAACACAACUGGGAGGAGAUCUCUUCCUGGAAUCAGCAAGUUUCCAAAAAGAAGAAGAAAAAGAGGACUGAAUCCUUAUUGGGAGGUCCUUUCCAUCUGACAGACGGAGACACUGUCGGUGUGAAGAAUCUUCUGAUUGACAACAACAGGGACUUCUGCACCACAGAGGACAGGCUGUGUCAGCAGAGGCUCAGAGAACAAGCACAAAUGAACACAGGAGAUCAGGCCACAGGCUUCAACUGCGUUGAGCAAAAGAAGAAAGGCAGACAAGCCAAAGUCAGGAAGCCAGAAGUGGGACUGUCGAUCAGUGUGGGGGAGUUCAGAUAGCACUCAGCCUUCACUGCACCUUCACAGCAUCAAUAUAAACUCAUGUCCCCACUGUAUUUUAUUGUAAAUGAACUCCUCUAUGCAAUAUUUGUGCUUGUAACAACAUAUUGGCUUCUUCCACAUUUUGUCUAAUAUCAAAAUUAUACAUCAUGAAAGCAUUUAUAGUCACCAAUUUGUACCAAACACUGCGGUGUAUUUGUUAUUUUUUUGGAAAUCUUUUGUAAAUUGAUUUUUAAAUUUUUUUUUUGUUCGUUUAGCAAGCAAAUACUGUAUAAAUUGUCAGGCAGGGCAAAUGUGUACCUGUACCAGCUGCUGCCAGUGAUCAAACUUUGAUAUGAGGAUGGCCAGAAUAAGUUGUUUUAAAGUACAUAUGACAAGUUUUCAUGUUUUUCUAAUUCUGAGUUGGUUUGGAGGGAUAGCACCUGUGAUAAAUAUUUAUCAUAGUUUUACAUCAAGUGAGUGGCAGUUUGUGGAGGAAAAAAAGUUGAAGUUGAAAAAUGCAAAAAUACAGGAAGUAGCGCUGAGUUCUUAAACAGAAUACCUCUACGUAUGUUAUCACCAUGGAAACAUCCAACCAAAAUGCACAAGAAACCUUAAACCUUCAUUUAAGAUAUCAAAGGUGUUGUAAUUUAUUUUUAUAAGUCUAAUCAUAACUGCCAUGCAAUGUAGACACGUUUUGUACCUUGUUAACAUUAUGGUUGCUAGGUAACAGUUAGGACAUAUGUAGAGGUAAUUCCAUAUCUGCCACCUUUGUCCAAACAGGAAGUAAAAUUAUAAACUUUACUAAAAUAAAAUAACCAGACAAGAUUUUUAGUAACAUCUCAAAUAUAUUUUUGUUACUAUGUUUUAGUCAAUUUAUAGUCUAGGCUGUCAUAUGCCCUUUAAAUAAAUACUUAAGUUUAAUUGUUCAGCUAAAGGGAGAGCAUGGCCUUAAGCAGAGCAGUCUGAGAGCAGCUCUGUCCUCACUACCUCUCUCUCCCUCUCAUUUCUUUUCUUCUAAAGGUGCACUCUGUCACUUUUCUGGAUGAGGGCCUACCACUUGCUUGUCUCCAUGGAGAUGUUACUGCUUUGCCCAUAAUGUUCCACAAUAUUACAAUAAACUUCAUGGAGGCAAGCAGGGGAUACUAAGUUACAGGUCAGAUCUGUGGAGUAAGAAUCCAUGUUAAUAUUUGUCUUGUAACAUGAACGUGUAAUUGAAUAAUAAUGUAAUGUUAAAUGAAACAAUCUAAAAUAUAUAUUAUGCCUUACUCUGGAACAUCCCUGAAGCAAUAGCAUUUCCAUGGAAACAAUCACGUGGCAGACUCACCUCCAGAAAAGUGAUGUAUUGCAUCUUUAAAUGAACACUUUUGGCUUUAGUUUGCAAAGUUAGUGUUAUAAUGAAUCUAAACCAUGACAGUAAUGUGCUGCAUUUUGUGUUUCUUAGUUGCAGAUUUUGUUAAAAGUUUUCUGGCCUUCAUCUGUGCCAAGAAUUUUUGUUUAAAACAUGGUGAAAAUCGCCUACACGAAUUAAUAACUGUAAAAUAUAAAUAACACUGUAAUUUGUUGCCAAGAAAUGCUCCUAUUUCCUGUAAAAAUGUACUACAUCAUUAUCCAUACAAUAUUUUAUGAAUUUAAAUAAAAUUAUAUCAACAGCAGUACCACUGAUUUGAUUUGAAAAUGCCCCUGACCUCUGGGGUGCUCCAGGGGUCAAUCCUGGGACCCCUGUUGUUUAAUCUCUAAAUACUGCCAUUAGGCCAGUUAAUAUGCAGCAUCUGUGUCUGACUGGCAGCAGGUGAAUAUGGACCACUUCACUCUGCCACUGCAGCCAACAGAUCAGUGUGUGGAUGCAAAACAAAUUUCUCCAGUUAAGCUCAGACAAGACUGAAGUCACAGUCUUAGGCCCACAGAAACAUAGAGAAAGUAUCAACAGUCACCUCCAGUCCCUCUCUCUAAAACAUUUAAAUGAACUUUUUUUUUCUUUCAAACUUUAAUGGCCAAAUCAAAUCAAUAACAUCUGCAGAGGUUUACCAUCUAAAACACUGCAAAAAUUUAAGACAUACUGUCAAAACCAGACUUAGAGAGACUUAUCCAUGCAUUUGUCUCCAGACUACUGUACUGUUCACUGGCCUCUCCAAAUGAGGGUUAAGACAACUGCAGUACAUCCAGAACACUGCUGCUCAGGUCCUGACUAGAACCAGGAAGUACUUCACACAUGUUAAUUUUAUGAUGAUUGUUUAUGUUUUGAUUUGUUGUAUUGUGAUUUUAAUGUAUUUCUUAUUUCAUAAAGCACUUUGUGUAUGAAUUGUGCUAUACAAAUAAACCUGCC